AUGGAUGAUGAAGCUACGACUGAUGUUGAAGUGACACCACUAAAUUAUGAUUCACAGCAACAGAACUUAACUCCGGAUCAAUUACAACACUUAUUCAGUCAAGCUAGUUGUGAAUUGGUGGCAGAAUCGGCAGAUGAGCAAGAGUUUUUUAAACGUGAAGCAACAAUCAAAGCACCAAAAACAAGUAAAGUAAUACAAACUCCAUUUCCACCUCCUCCAUCAGACCGCAUAGAAGAUCUCGACAUUGAUAUUGAACAAUUGAAACAGCUGGCUAAACAAGAAGCAGGUUCACUAAUCAUUGAAAGACAUUCUCCUAGUGAAAGGCAAAUUGAUUAUGUAUUAUCAACUAUUACAUUGACAUUUAAUCAACCAAUGAUUGCUGUUUCAUCAUUAGAUGAUAAAAUGAAUACGGAAGAUCUAGGCAUAUCAUUAACACCAAAAAUAGAAGGUCGAUGGAGAUGGACAGGAACAAAAACACUUCAAUUUGAAGCAAAACAUCGUUUACCAUAUUCAACAAAUUAUACACUAAGAGUCGACAAAGAACAUUGUGUAUCAGCAAUUGGAGGAAAGUUAGAUGAUGAAUUUUUCUUCGAAUUUUCAACAACAGCGCCAAAAGUUCUUCAAUUCUUACCAUGUGGAACAGUAUCAACAUUAAAACCUAAAUGUUUUCUUUUAUUUAAUCAAAAAAUUGAUAUGAAUGAAAUUCUAAAGCAUCUACGUGUAGUGCAUAGUGAUGGACAUAUGAUACAAAACGAAGACUUAGAACUAGUAAAUGAAACAACAGCAAAAAGUGAAUUUGAAUCGUUCAUGAAUGCUAAUGAAGGAAAUCAUGAAAAAUAUGUUGCGUUUACAUUUAAACAUGAUUUAUUAAAAGCAACACAAUAUACAAUUCAAGUACCUGUAGGCUGCCCAUCAGCUGAAGGUCCAUUAAAGACAACAUCAGAGUGGUCAGCAAGCUUUCAUACUUAUGAACCUUUAAAAAUAAUUGAUUGGUUUCCAAAUAAAAAGAAUGAGUGGCAACCAUCUGCUGCUCCUGGUUAUAGUUGGUCACUAACAUUCAAUAAUUCAUUAGAUCAUUCAACAAUUAAUAAAUCAUUAUUCAAAUUCGAACCAGAAGUCAAUAGUUUAGGUAUUGAGCAUACACAAGACAAUGAUCGACAAAUAACGUUUUAUAAUAAUUCCAAACCAAACACUGUUUAUACACUACUUAUACAGUCAGCAUCAUUGAAAGAUGUACAUGGUCAAACAUUAGAACAUGAUCAUUCUGAUAAACCAAUUCAAUUUCACGUACAUGACUCGCCCCCAUUAAUUGGAAAUAUAUCGGGUGCAACAGGUAUGAUUACAAUGGAUCCUGGUGUAUUAAAUGAACCAUUUUAUCCAUUUAUGGUUUAUAAUUAUUCAGAAGUAACGCUUCGUAUUCAUCGAGUGAAACCAGAACAUUAUCAUCCAAAUUUACCAUGUUUUAAUUCAUACUCUUACACCUAUGAAGGUGAAGAAUGGUACAAUAAAUUACCUGGCGAAGAGUUGUUAAAUGAAGUUGUACAAACAAACUGUGAACGUGAUGAACCGAAAGAAAUAAGAGUUCCCUUGAAAGCAUAUUUAACGAAAAACUCUGGAGUAGGUCAAUUAAUUGUAUUAAUUGAACCAACAAAAAAAGCAUUGAAAGAAUGUCAAGACAACAAUUGGCAAUAUAGACAAAUUAUAUCAGUCUGGCUACAAUGUACACGAUUAGCAGUCGAUGUAUUUGUUUCUUCAGGUACUUAUUAA